UGGGCGAUGUCCGAGGGAGGCUGUCACUCAGGUGGCGGUGGCUGAGGCCGGGCUAAGACGUGGCCUGAGAAACGCGGCUGGACGUCCUGACCGUCGGAGCGGCGGCUGGGGUCCCUAGCACGUCCUCGCCCUUGUCCGGGGCUCCGAGCGGCGGGAGAGGCGGGCGCCGGCGGCUGCACCUCCAUGCCCGCGCGCGGGGCGGGCCGCUGAUGGAGCGCGCCGCCCGCCCGGGGUCGCUGGCACGGGCGCUGCUGCUGCUGCUCCUGCUGCUGCUGCUACCACCGCUGCAGCUGGGGCUCGUGACGGGGACGGUGGCCGCGCGGCGCGCUUCCGACUUCCCCGCAUCGACAGUGGAGGCGGCGUUCGGCCUGGGGGCCGCGGCCGCUCCAACUUCGGCCGUGCGGGUGCAGGCGGCGGGCGCCGUGACUGCGGCGGAGGUGACGGUGGAGGACGCCGAGGCGCUGCCGGCGGCCGCGGGGGAGCAGGAGCCGCGGGAGCCGGAACCGGAUGACGAGGCCGAUCUUCGGCCGUGCCGCAGAUCCUUAGUGAUUAUCAGCACUUUAGACGGCCGAAUUGCUGCCCUGGAUCCUGAGAACCAUGGUCAAAAGCAGUGGGAUUUGGACGUGGGAUCCGGUUCCUUGGUGUCGUCCAGCCUUAGCAAACCAGAGGUAUUUGGGAAUAAGAUGAUCAUUCCUUCCCUGGAUGGAGACCUCUUCCAGUGGGACCGGGACCGUGAGAGCAUGGAAACAGUUCCGUUUACAGUUGAAUCGCUUCUUGAAUCUUCUUAUAAAUUUGGAGAUGAUGUUGUCUUGGUUGGAGGAAAGUCUCUCACUACAUAUGGACUCAGUGCAUAUAGUGGAAAGGUGAGGUACAUCUGUUCAGCUUUGGGUUGUCGCCAAUGGGAUAAUGAUGAAAUGGAACAAGAAGAAGAUAUCCUGCUUCUGCAGCGCACCCAGAAAACCGUUAGAGCCGUCGGCCCUCGUAGUGGCAGUGAGAAGUGGAAUUUCAGUGUUGGCCACUUUGAACUUCGGUAUAUUCCAGACAUGGAAACUAGAGCCGGAUUUAUUGAAAGCACCUUAAAGCCCAGUGGAAACAAAGAACAGUCUAAAAUUAUUUCAGACGUGGAAGAACAGGAAGCUGCCGUGAUGGACACAGUGAUAAAGGUCUCCGUUGCUGAUUGGAAAGUUAUGGCCUUUAGUAAGAAAGGAGGACAUCUGGAGUGGGAAUACCAGUUUUGUACUCCCAUUGCAUCUGCCUGGUUGGUUAAGGAUGGCAAAGUCAUUCCCAUCAGUCUUUUUGAUGAUACAAGUUACACCACUAAUGACGGGGUUUUAGAGGAUGAAGAAGACAUCGUAGAAGCCGCCCGAGGAGCCACAGAAAACAGUGUUUACUUGGGAAUGUACAGAGGCCAGCUGUAUCUGCAGUCAUCAGUCAGAAUUUCAGAAAAGUUUCCUACGAGUCCCAAGGCCUUGGAAUCUGUCAACAGUGAAAAUGCAAUUAUUCCUUUGCCAACAAUUAAAUGGAAACCCUUAAUUCAUUCUCCUUCCAGAACUCCUGUCUUGGUGGGGUCUGAUGAAUUUGACAAAUGUCUUAGUAAUGAUAAGUUUUCUCACGAAGAGUACAGUAAUGGUGCACUUUCAAUCUUGCAGUAUCCAUAUGAUAAUGGUUAUUACCUGCCAUACUACAAGAGGGAAAGGAACAAACGGAGCACACAGAUCACAGUCCGAUUUCUCGACAACCCGAAUUACAGCAAGAGUGUCCGCAAAAAGGAUCCCGUGCUCCUCUUACACUGGUGGAAAGAAAUAGUUGGAACCAUUCUGUUUUGUAUCGUAGCAACAACUUUCAUUGUGCGCAGACUCUUCCAUCCUCAUCCUCACAGACAAAGGAAAGAAUCUGAAACUCAGUGUCAAACUGAAAAUAAAUACGAUUCUGUCAGUGGAGAAGCGAAUGACAGUAGCUGGAAUGACAUAAAAAAUUCUGGAUACGUAUCACGCUAUCUAACAGAUUUUGAACCGAUUCAGUGCAUGGGUCGUGGAGGGUUUGGAGUUGUCUUUGAAGCUAGAAACAAAGUUGAUGACUGCAAUUAUGCUAUCAAGAGAAUCCGCCUCCCAAACAGGGAAUUGGCUCGGGAAAAGGUCAUGCGAGAAGUUAAAGCCUUAGCCAAGCUUGAACACCCAGGAAUUGUUAGAUAUUUCAAUGCUUGGUUGGAAGCACCACCAGAGAAGUGGCAAGAAAAAAUGGAUGAAAUUUGGCUGAAAGAUGAAAGCACAGACUGGCCGCUCACCUCUCCUAGUCCCGCGGAUGCACCAUCCGUUAAAAUAUGCAGAAUGGAUCCUUUCUCUACAAAGGAACGCGUUGAAAUCAUAGCCCCUUCUCCAAGAAGCAGUAGGUCUUUUUCAGUCGGGAUUUCCUGUGGCCAGACAGGUUCAUCCAAGAGCCAGUUCUCUCCACUGGAAUUUUCCGGAAUGGACCACAGAGACACGAGUGAGUCGGUGGACGCGGUGUGCAACCUCCAGGACAGCUGCCUUACAGACUGCAAGGGGGAAGACGGUACUAGGGAUGGCAAUGAUGAGGGACACUCUUUUGAACUUUGUCCUUCUGAAGCUUCCCCUUAUGUAAGGUCAAGGGAGCGAACCUCCUCUUCUAUAGUAUUUGAAGAUUCCGGCUGUGAUAACGCAUCCAGCAAAGAGCCCAAAACGAACCGACCGCCUAUUGGCAACCAUUGUGCUGAUAAACUAACUGCAGUCCAGCAUUCCAGUAGCAAGUCUUCCUCGGAACCUACUUUGUCUAUUUCUCCUUCAAGACCAACCACUUUAAGUUUAGAUCUCACUAAAAACUCUGUGGAAAAACUCCAACCCAGUUCACCGAAGGUGUAUCUUUACAUCCAGAUGCAGCUGUGCAGAAAGGAAAACCUCAAAGACUGGCUGAACAGCCGCUGCACCAUUGAGGAAAGAGAGAGGAGCGUGUGUCUGCACAUCUUCCUGCAGAUCGCGGAGGCGGUGGAGUUUCUGCACAGCAAAGGGCUCAUGCACAGGGACCUCAAGCCUUCCAACAUAUUCUUUACAAUGGAUGAUGUGGUCAAGGUUGGAGACUUUGGAUUGGUGACUGCAAUGGACCAGGAUGAAGAAGACCAGCUGGUUCUGACCCCAAUGCCAGGGUACGCCAGACACACAGGACAAGUGGGGACCAAGCUGUAUAUGAGCCCAGAACAGAUUCAUGGCAACAACUACUCUCAUAAAGUGGACAUCUUUUCUUUAGGCCUCAUUCUGUUUGAAUUGCUGUACCCGUUCGGCACUCAUAUGGAGAGGGUCAGGGACUUUGACGCUAAGCUGCGGGUCAACAGGGUAGCCUGUGAGUCUCCCCCCCGCCCCUCCCCGUUUGACUCCGCGGGGAGCCGGGGCUCAGGGUGGCCAGAGGGUUUGGAGAUCAAAGAUAUGUGGAUGAGACAUCAUUCUCUGGCCCGGGGCCGGAUGUCUGGCUCGGGCGAAGCCGGGAGCGGCGCCAGGAAUUAUUGAUGCAAAGACCGGUCUGGGAGAAAGAAGAGCUCCGACUGGCCACGUGGGGGCGACAAGACACUGAGGGAAGGCGGGGGGCUCCAAGGGCCUUGGGGUUUGCCUGGGUGUCGUCGAGAGGGUCCAGUGGCCCGUCCCUUAGUGGGGCAGAUGCAGGAGGACGGACUGGGCAGCGGGCACCUCGGCUGCGCGGGUGUGAGGCGGCCCGGAUGCUGCGCGCGGGGAGCCGGGCCACCACCCGUUGUGAAUUACCAGGCACCGCCCGCCCACCUUCCCUGGGGUUAAAUGGACCCGCCUUAGCAAGUUUCAAAGGUAAACAUUUCUGGAACGCCUGCUGUAUACCAAGUCCUCUCCUAGGCACUGUAUAUUCGUGAAAUCUCAUCUAAUCUUCACAACCACCUUGGGGGAUAUUAUCGCCUCCAUUUUAUAGAGGAGGAAACUGAAACUUACUAAGUCGGAGGAUUUAGCCCUAAUAGGUAUAAUCAGGCAAGCAAGGAGAAUUGUAAAUCUUUUCAUUUAUUUAUUUUACUUAUUUUAUUUUUGUCUGCACGUGGGCUUUCUCUAGCUGUGGCGAGCAGGAGCUACCCUUUGUUGCGGUGCGUGGGCUUCCCAUUGCAGUGGCUUCACUUGUUUCGGAGCACAGGCUCCAGACGCGGAGUCUUCAGUAGUUAUGUCACGUUGGCUUCAGUAGUUGUGGCUCGCGGGCUCUAGAGCGCAGGCUCAGUAGUUGUGGCGCAAGGGCUUAGUCGCUCCGCGGCAUAUGGGAUCUUCCCGGACCAGGGCUCGAACCAGUGUCCCCUGCAUUGGCAGGUGGGUUCUUAACCACUGCGCCACCAGGGAAGCCCUGUAAAUAUUUUAAAGUAAAUAUAUGAAUGAAAAGAACUCAACCUCGCUGCUCAUCAGGGAAAUGCAAAUGAGAGCAACAACGGGGAUCCCAUUUUUUCACUACUAGAUGGCAAGAAUUUGAAAGAUUUACCUGUGUGGGUGCAAGUGUAAUAAAAAAGAAUUCUCCUCUACACAGUUAGGAAUGCAAAGAGGAAUGCAUUUCAGUGAAUGUUUGGUAUCUGUCAAAAUUUGCAAGCAAAUUCCUCCUGAUACAGAAAUCCCCCUUGUGGAAUCUAUUUUACAGAAAUAACCACACAAGUCUAUUCAUCUUAGUGGGAAAGGCAAAUAAAGCUUUUUUGUUUGUUUUGUUUUGUUUUUUUUUAAGUGAUUUACCUGCUAUUAUGCAGCUAUGGGCUGAGCCUGGGGGUCCAAUCCCACGCUAUCUGAUUCUGAUAAUCUCCGCCUUUGGGCAACAUCGGAGGCGGGGUGAGGGGAGGGUUCCAGUUUGAGCAUUGCUCACUGGCGGCGGAAUCUCUAGGGAUGCUUGCUAAAAUGCACAUUUCUUUGGAGGCCUUUUCCCAGAUUUAAAGAAACAAAAGCUUUAGGAGUGGUUAUCCUAGAACCUACAUUUAAAAAAAAAACAACUCCCUGGGUGAUUUUGAAAGCUCUGCUCUCUCCGUCUUUGCAGCAGGUUAGAAUACUGGGACCUUUAAAAAUACCAAUAUCCAGACCACACUCUAGCCCUAUAAAACCACACCCUCUGUCUGUGAGACCCAGGCAUCACGGUUUUUUUUUUAAAGCUCCCAGGUACAGCCAAGGCAGAGAACAACAGGCCUUGCCACUCAUAGUAUAGCUGCUGGCCCGGGAGUAUUGGCAGAACUGCAGAAUCUCAGAUUCAACACCUCAGGCCGGCUGGAUCAGAAUCCACAUUUUAACGGGAGCCCCCAGUGAUUCAUCCGCAAAUUAAUGUUUGAGGUAGACGUGGGUGAGCGUUUUUCUAUUUAAUUAAUUUUUAUUGGAGUAUGGUUGCUUUGGGGUGAGGUUUUAGAUUUAUUUCAACAUUCCUCCUGUAGCCUGACCUCAUUCUGAUAGCUUGGAGAGCAGAUUGGAACUCUGGGCUGCCACCUACGAGAUCAAAAGCAGCUGGGCCAUGGUUAAUCCUGCCAACAUCUCCUGAUCAACUCCUCAGGGGAAAGGCAGUUCUGGAGGGAGCUAUACCUCUUUGUGCAGAUCCCUGAAAUCUGGACAAGCAGAGGCUGAGGGAAGGCUGGCCUGGAAGCAGUGUAAGUGCAGACAAUCCGAACCCCAGGUGGAUUAAAAGCAUAAAGUAAAUCAACCAUGGGAGGCAUCUAGUGAAACUUCAGAUUCAAGUCUCCGUCAUUCAUUGGUCUCCAUCACCUCUCACCAGAUCCCCAAAUCGGUCUCCCCACCUCCAAUCUUGAAGCAAUUCACGAUGACACGACAGAGAAUGUUCUACAGCACAAAUCUGCCUAUGCUAUUUAUUCCCUGCUUACCAUCCUUGACAGGUUUGGGGCAUCCUGACAUUAAAAGUCAGACUCAUGAUCUUGGCAUACUAAGCCCUCCACCAACUGACCCGGCUAAGCCUCGACUCUGGAGAACCGCCAUGUGCCAACUCUGUUCAGGAAUAAUGACUGAACCACUGGGCUUCCCUCAAGCUGCUGUGUGCCCAGCUUCUGUAUUAGUCACCCCCCCCACACUUCCUUCGCCCACACUGCCCUCAGCCCCUGGAAAGUCUUCCUCCCAGAUUAAGUCUCAGGAUUUCAGUCUAUGACUCUGCUCCUAAUCAGUCCUCAUCCCAGAGAAGAGCUGAACAUGAUGUCAUUAGGAGGAGUGUCACCUGAUUUCGGAUUUGAAGGCCUGUCCAGUGAGAGCAGUGGGACCGUCUUACAGACACAGCUUUCAAGAGCCAACCCUCCUUGGACAUAUCAGCAUAGAGGUGCAGGUGUGUGUCACACAGACCCAGAUCAACAGAAAACAAGGGUUCUCAACUUCGGCUGGGAGCUCUUUGAAAUGUCGAAAGCUCAGGGUACACCCCGGACCA